UACAUUGGAAAAAUUAUAUUCCGCUAAUUUUAUUCUGAAAUCGCACAUUUAGUAAGUGGCUAGUGGUUGGAAAUAAAAAAAGGAAUUUGAGAGUAAAAAUGGAAAAGUUGGAACAAUUGCACCUACCCGUUUACUAUGAAUCAGAUGGUAUCGAUGUGAAAACACAGCACAUCAUUUGUAUGUGCUGCAUUGCCAAAAGUACGAAAUUUUAUAAAUUAACAAAUUGUGAACAUGCGACGACUUUCCUUACCAAUUUAGUGCCAGAGCUUCAAAUGGACAAAUCUGCGGCAAUAUGUUUCCUGUGCCAUGGGUUAAUAAAAAAAUUACAUAACUUUAAAUUACAAGUUGAAAAAUCCCUUUUGAAUGUAGACAGAAAUUGUCAUGAAUACUUUUCCUAUCAAGGCAAUAAGCAGGAGGUGACACACUUUACAUUUUCUAACAUAGAAACAAAUUCAACCAUUGAUUCUGAACCUGUAAAAUAUGAAUCUACUCCAUUUCCCAUGCCAAAUGAAGUUAAAACAGAAUCUCCAAUUCAAGAUUUCUCACCUGUAAAAUUAGAGAUAAAAAUUGAGUAUGACAGUACGGAUGCUGAGAAGGAACCGGCUGCACCAAAAAAGAACAAGACUUCAAAGAAACCCAAAAACACUUUAGAAAACAAAUAUGAAGGGAAAAUUAGAGUAGUUACUUUAACUGUUGAUGAAAUGAUGGAGGAGAGAAGGUGUGAUGCUUUGAAACCAGGAUUUUUGAAGCUGCCUUUUAAAUGUGAGAAAUGUAUCACUGGUUUUGACCAUGAGCCGCUACUUAAAGAUCAUAUCGAGCAACGACAUACCAUGAAAAAAGGUGGGAUCACAUGUGACACUUGCAAGUCCGUCCUGAGCUCCAAGUCCUCGUUAUAUGAACACAACAAGAGGCAUUUCAGGAGGUUCGAGUGUGUGGAGUGUUACAAGAGGUACAACAACAUCCAAUCGGUCCUGAAACAUUAUAACGAGCUGCACGGCAAGAUCGGCAUACACUUCGCGUGCAAGCUGUGUGACUACACCACAGAGUCGAAUCGCAGCUACCGCUACCACAUGGACAAGCACCGCUCAGCGAAGGUGCAGUGCGCGGACUGCGGCAGCACAUUCGUCAACAAGACUGGCCUGCGCGUGCACAUACUCACGAUACACGGCUCGUCGCAACGCGUGUACACGUGCGCGCAGUGCGGGCGCAGCUACAACUGCAAGUCGGGUCUGGCGGCGCACGUGUCCGCGCACGCCGGCGCCGCCUACUGCGCCCCCUGCGACGUCCACUUCCGGUCCAAGCUGGGGCUGCGGAAACAUCUGAGGACGCACUCCGCCCACGUCCGCGCUGUGGAUAAGAAGUUCGCAUGCGGCGAGUGCGACUCGAAGUUCCUGUCGAAGAGCGCGCUGCAGGAGCACGUAGACUGGGAGCACCGACACCGCACCAAGCACGCUUGCGACCUUUGCUCUAAGGUGUUCAAGAACCGGCUAAACCUCAAGAAGCACCGGGAGUUUGUACACGAGAAGAAGCGGCCGCCGCGCAACAAGAUCUGCGAUCACUGCGGCAGAGGAUUUACAACGACAGCAAUCCUCCAAGCGCACAUCCGCACGCACACUGGCGAGCGGCCGCUGCGGUGCACACGCUGUCCCGCCUCCUUCGCGCACUCCGCCGCGCUCUACACGCACAACAAGCUGUUGCACGCCACGUAACAUCACGUGACUAAUAUAACCUCAAAUUGUUAUACGCUAACCUCAAAGGGUAGAUAACCUCAAACAGGCAGCUGAAAGCCAUAAAGUAUGACUGAUGAAAUGAAAAGGCUAGGCUUAAACAUAACAACAAGCUGUCACAAGCCACCUUACCAAUACAGCCACGUGAUUAAUAUAACCUCAAAUUAUUAUAUGUCAUAUAACCUCAAAACAUAACAUAACUUUAAAUAGAAGAAGCUGCUGGACGGCUAACUUUUAUACGUAAUGUUACGUAACGUUAACAUAAACUCAAAAAUAACGAUAAAGUACUAAGCGCCAUUUUGUAGUUGUAUUUGAACUACAAAAAAUAACAUAACCUUAAACAAGUGUUUCGUGGAUGUGAUAUGACGACGAAAUAAAGACUGGCCAGCUUGAUAUGACGUGUUGUUAAGGCGCUUUGCAGACGAUGGGGCGGGUUGGGCCGGUCAAUUU